GAACAGAACAGGUAUACGAGUGUUUAUAUAAACGAUAAGAUGUCUGCCAUGUUUGUGAAGUUAAUAGUGUUGUUUUAUAUUUCCGAUUGCUUUGGACUUCUGAACGGAGAAAAACUUGACCUCGGAAAACUACCUCGUCAAUGGCAGGACCUUGAGACCUUCGUUCAUCAGAAAUUUCAAGACGUGGAUCGUUUGCUAAUCGAAAAGGAUGAACGCGUUGACCAGCUUCAAUCAAUCCUAACGAAUCAGAAGGUUGAAAUAACACAACUUAAACAGGGGAUGGCAACAUUGGAACAGGAAAUAUUACAUAAAGACGGUAUAGUUAAUAGAUUAGUGAACAGAAUAACAGAAUUGGAGACGAUUGUGAUGCUAGACACUAUUCCACAGGAACCAGAGUCGCGACAAGACAUCAGACAAUCUACCUCUUUUAUGAAUGACGGACUGGUUAGGUUUCAAUCUCCGAUCACUGACACGACUUCCCUUCGACAGAGUAUCGGAUCGCCUCCCUCUGCCAAUAGAACUGGCGAAUCUCCACUUCGCCAAGACUUCACGUCCGACUCUGAAUUUAGGGAUGAAAUACUUGCUGACCCACCUGCCUCUCAACAAAUUUUAGUCAAGUCUGAAAACGAAGCUGAGGACGUUUCUAGGACCAGUUUCCCGAGACUUCAACAAAAACGUGUCGCUCCUUCUUCUCAGACUCCCAGGCAAACGAUAGCGUUCCAUGUAUCCCUUUCUACGGAUAAAGAGUAUCACGAGGAUAGCACGGUCGUGUACGACAACGAGAAGCUGGACCAUGGGGAUGGAUAUAGCCCGGGGGACGGUAUCUACAUCGUCCCAAAUUCCGGCACCUACGUCUUCACGUGGACAUCAAUUUGUGAUGUACACCAGCAAUUCCAGACCGUCAUCGUGGUGAAUGGAGCUUAUAUGGGAUCAUCAUGGACUGAUGCAGAAAAUGUAAACGAUGGUCAUCAGACUACAACUGUCGUUGUCUUAACCUUAAAUCAGGGAGAUCAUGUCUAUAUCCGCAUGGGGAGUACAAUUGGACAUGGGAACCUUUUAAGUCGAACAAAUUUAGGAGAGUCCACAUUCUCAGGAUGGAAACUUGACUGAUAAAAUGACAAGUCCCAAAAGUUUGCAUUAUUUGGAGAGUACACAUCUACAGGAUGGAAACUCGACUGAAUAUGAGACAAACCAAAAUUUUGUAUU